CAAAACUCUUUUUCUUUCUCUGAUCGCUUUCUUCUUCACUAAGUUCGAGGAUAAUUCUCUCUCGUUUCCGUUGUUUUUUCUCGAGGCAAGUUCAAUUGUGUUCAAUGGAGCCCGAGAUCGCUCAUCCUGUUGCUUCAUGCUCGAUAACUCUAACGCCGAACAAGGCACCAACUUCAGAUGUUAAUGGUGUGGAGGAGCAAUAUGAUAUGCAAAACGGUGGUGGUGUUGAUAAUAAGAACAAAGGGAAGGCUAUACAAUUGGAAUCACAAUCUGACGAUGAGCAGCCUGAGGGAUCUGCUAGCGAUUGUUAUGAUCCUGGAUCCUCUCCACUGUCAGAUAGUUUGCUAGACCCUGACUCUUUGGUAUACGAAGACGACGAUGACUAUUCUGAUCAUUAUGCCUAUGGGAUAGAGGAUGAGAUCGAGGAUGAUCAUGCAGAUGACUACGUCUCCGAGUAUCAAGCCCUUUUUGAUGCCAAGGAGAAGGAAAUCCCAGCUGGUGUGGAGGUGGCCAUGGAUUGGCUUCCAAGUUCGGAAACUGCUAAACCAAGUGGAAGCAGCAGCAGCUCCAAGAAAGCAACAACAGGAAGUGGAAUCUAUUUAACUCCAAACAAUGCUUACGCAUUGCCACAAAAAAUCCAUGGUUUCCAUUACUCUGGACCGGCUUUGAAGUAUUCUUCCACUCAUCUUGGGCCUAAGACUGAUCCUGGCACCGUGAUGGGAGAGGCCCCGGUUCCGGCUCCAGCUUCUUCUGGUUUAUCGCUUCAGAUGUCCAAAAAAAAUCCAGGAUAUUUGGGUUUUGCUAGCACUCGGCCUCACGUGGAAGAGGUUAUCUCAGCUCCAAAUACUUACACAGUUAAGAGAAACGUGGAGGAUUAUCUUGGCAAGUACUUGUUUUUCAAGAAGUUUGACAUCGUUGAAGAUCUUGUGGACCACCAUUAUGCUGCCAAGGGAACAACUUCCAAACAGCAUUCCAAGGAAUGGGCCAAAAGGAUCCAAGAAGAGUGGAAAAUUCUUGAGAAUGAUUUGCCAGAGCAGACGAUAUUUGUGAGAGCGUAUGAGUCGAGGAUGGAUCUUUUGAGGGCUGUAAUUGUUGGAGCCGAUGGAACUCCCUAUCAUGACGGUCUCUUCUUUUUCGAUAUCUUCUUCCCUGAUACAUACCCUUCUGGCCCACCGAUGGUUCAUUACCACUCUGGUGGGCUAAGAAUCAACCCGAAUCUGUACAAUAGUGGGAAAGUGUGUCUGAGUCUUCUCGGGACUUGGAGUGGUGUCCAGACGGAGAAGUGGAUCCCCAAUGAGUCUACAAUGCUGCAGGUUCUUGUCUCAAUCCAAGGACUAAUCUUGAACCAAAAACCUUUUUUCAACGAACCUGGGUACGAGAGAAUGGCUGGUUCUCUAUCCGGGGAGUGCCAAUCUAACGCUUACAGCGAGAAGAUAUUCUUACUUUCUCUCAAGACGAUGGUUUACAACAUGAGGAGACCACCCAAGUAUUUUGAAGACUUCGCGUAUGGGCAUUUCCUCAGCUCUGCUCACGACGUGUUGAAAGCAUGUAAUGCUUAUAGAAACGGAGCUCCAGUGGCGUCUUUGGUGAGGGGAAAUGUUAAAGGAGGGGAAGAGAGUAGCGAGAGAUGCUCCGAGUCGUUCAAGAAAGAUGUGGGUGCCUUCGUGGACACGCUUUUGUUGAAGGAGUUCAUUCUUCUAGGCGUCCUUGGUCUCGAACCAGAAAAAGAAGAAGACUAACCCUCAGAGAUUAGCACAAGCAGUAGCAGUAGCAGACCACCAAAUAGAGUGUAGUUUCUUCAAAUUGAACUCCAUUGCUUCCUUCUCUUCUUAUUUUUUUUUUUUUUUAAUAUUUUUCUUGACUUUAAUCUCUCUGAAAAACAGAACAGGACUUGGUUGAUCCUCUUUUUUUCACUUAAAUAUGACAUUAGUCUUUUACUGAGAAGUCCUCUCAUUUGUACAGUUUUGCCUUGCUCAAAGUUUUCAGAGCUAGUAGCUUGAGUUUAAAAAGUCAACUACAGAAGGUUUUUGUACUAGACACGUGUAUGUCCACGUGGCAGUCUACGCAAAUAAUUUUCUGGAUUAGCUUCAUCAGACCAUACACGUGUACUCUAACGAAAAACCCUAAACCCUUUCCCUCUGGGUAUAUUACUAGCCGUCACUGUCACACACACACGAACACUAAACGAUCAAAUAUGGCUUCAGCUUCAUCAUCGGCCGCGAGGUUACUCAUCCGCGACGGGAAAUCAGUGGCGAGUUUACUCUUCCGUGGACGUGCAGCAGCCAAUCUCACGGAGAACACUGGACCGGCCAUUCGGUCUCUGCUUCUGUUAAACCAGACGGUGGUGCCUAGUCAAUACCCGGUUUUCUCUGAAACAUUUCCGGUUACGCAACCCGGUUUGGGUUCCUGCUUCGUUCAGGAGGAGGCUGUUUCGGAGAGAAGAGGGAAAAUGGAAACGGGUCAGGGAAAGCGUGUGGUGAACAACGGGGGCAGCUCUUCCUCGGAGGAGGAGGAGACAGAUUUUGAUGAGGAAGAGUUUGAUGAUAUUGAUAUGGACGAUGAUGUAGAGUUUGACGAAGAAGAAGAUGAGGAGGACGAGCAGAUAGUGAAGAAGAAGAAGUAAAAAGACUCUCAGUUCUUUGCAAAAUGCUUUAUCCGUUGCUUUUUCGUGAGAUUAAUGUAUUAGACUUAGACAUAAUUAAAUGUUUCUUGAUGAAAUAAAGAUUUCCGUUUUAAAAUAACGA